GCCCCCCCAACAAUACUUUUCCCAACUUCCUCCUCCUUCCAUCCAUGGCUGCGUCGUCUUCUUCCUCUUUGAUAAUUUCCCCAAGAAAGCUUCGCUCUGAUUUGUAUUCCCACACAUACCAGCAAGAUUCCAGCACCCCGUUAGUCAUAAACGUCUUAGCUUCCCUGAUCGAGAGGAGCAUGGCCCGAACUCAGAGAAUCGUCAAGAAAUGUUCCUGGGCUUUGUCCAGAGCUUCCACCACCGAUAUCUUCGAUUGCAGAGAGAUCCCUGACAUGACCAUUCAAUCUUACCUCGAGAGAAUCUUUCGCUACACUCGUGCUGGCCCAUCCGUAUAUGUCGUCGCUUACGUCUAUAUCGAUCGCUUCUGCCACAACAAUCCUGGGUUUCGAAUCAAUGCCAGAAAUGUACACAGGCUUCUCAUCACAACUAUCAUGAUCGCUUCUAAGUAUGUCGAAGACAUGAAUUACAGAAAUUCAUACUUUGCAAGGGUUGGGGGGUUGACAACGAAAGAAUUGAACAACUUGGAGCUCGAAUUUCUAUUCUUAAUGGGUUUCAAGUUGCAUGUAAAUGUGAGUGUGUUUGAGAGUUAUUGCUGUCAUUUGGAGAGAGAAGUAAGCAUUGGAGGAGGCUACCACAUUGAAAGAACUCUAAGAUGUGCAGAAGAGAUCAAAGCAAAGUGUAACAAAGAAGAAAGAACAUACACUCAGAUUCCUCGUGUGACCCUGUAGAUUCUGGGAAUUUUGCUGUGUUUGAGGUUUUGAUGAUAAGGUUAUCUGAUAAAUUCAUGGCAAGUGAAACGAGAUUUUUGAAGGCUUUGAACUUUCUCUAUUACCUGCACGGGACCCACAUGUCACAAUGGUCUCACUGUUAUCUCUGAGGCCAUUCUUUAGAGGAUCUAGGUUGGACUUUUUUUUAAAAAAAAAAUUCACUUGUCAUGUUUCAGGAUCUCACGGGAAGUUAAGAUGCUUUGUUAAGCUUUUUUUUGCUUGUAAGAGAAGGCUGUGUCUGGGUGUGUACAUAUCUGUUUAAUUGUAUAUCUAGAGUUUGUUGGGA